GAUUUAGAUAGUUGACUAAAAAUGGGAGCACCGGCCAGUAUAAAAAGUCCAGCGAUUGUCCCUCCACAGCACCAUUCUUAGGAACAAACAAUCGAAGCAACAUGAAGCUGUUUAUCGUUGCUGCUCUCCUGGCCGUUGCUGUUGCCGCUCCUUCCGGCUAUGAGUCAACCCAUAGAGACUCCAGUUACAUGACUUCUCCCAGCUACGGUUCUUCCGGCUACAACAAGGACAGCAGAUAUGGCGGAAUCACCAUCACCAGCCAACACGACGUCCGCAAUCUCGACGGAAGCAGCAAAUGGGGCUACUCUGGAUCGGACUACACGACCCGUGAGGAAUCGCAGGUGCAGAAGAAGAUGCAAGGCGUCGCCUACGAUUCUUAUGGCAAAGCCACUUACGACGACGUUUAUGGCAACACCAACGCUGGAUCCUCUUACUGGGUCUCCCCCGAAGGCGAGAAAUUCACUCUGACCUGGACCGCCGAUGAAAACGGAUUCCGGCCAAAGGGCGACCACUUGCCCGUCGCUCCCGUCCACGUCUACGAACUCCCAGUUGCCCCUGCCCUUCCUUACUACCGUACUGGAGCAGGCAGCACGAGUUACAAUACCUAUUAAAUUCUUCAUGACGUUCCGUGUGUUAUCUUUAGCUGCACGACCUGUACCAUGACAAAGUUUGAUUAAAUUAAUAAAGUAUUUUCCAAAUU